GUCCCACAGUACCUUAAACUCGACCUUGUCUUGUUAGACGACCCCAGAGCACUGACUAGACUAUGCCUCGACUCUUCUACGGCGCUUUGAUUACCCCAUCUUCGCUCACAGAGUAUUUUGCCUCGCCGCGUGCGCUGCUCUGUGUUCUAGAUACUGGAAUGAUUGCGUGGGUUGUCGACGACGUCCCGCCGAGCGAGCUCCAGAACGAGCUAGCAAGACAUGGCUUAUUGGACGAUCCAAAUGUGGAUAUAGUAGAGCUCAAGACGGGCGAGUUUCUGAUGCCGGGUUUUGUGGACACACAUACACAUGCACCGCAAGUUCCCAAUCUUGGCAGUGGACAGCAACACGAACUACUAGACUGGCUGUCAGAGGUUACCUUCCCCAUGGAGGCUCGAUUCUCCGACCUCAGCUUCGCGCGUACAGCAUAUGAGACUGCCGUCAGACGCAUCAUUGACUGUGGAACAACGACGUGCUGUUACUACGGCACCCUGCACCUUGAGGCGACCAAGGUGCUUGCCGACAUAGUACACAGUCAUGGGCAACGAGCAUUCGUCGGGAAAUGCAACAUGAACCGUGAAUGCCCUGACUACUACAUCGAACCCUCCGCGGAGGACUCCCUCUCAGCGACGCGCUCUCUGAUCAGCCACAUACGUUCCCUGCCUCCAUCUUGUCCCCCGAACGUACCACCCCUCGUCCAACCCAUCCUCACGCCCCGCUUUGCCAUAUCCUGCACGCCCGACCUUCUCAGCUCCCUCGGCGAACUCGCGCGCUCGGACCCCAACCUCGCAAUCCAAACGCACAUAUCCGAGAACCCGUCCGAAGUUGCAUACACGAAGACGCUCUUUCCGAAGGAGACUCUCCCACCCCCGCCAUAUGCAGCAAGUGCGGUCAGCCAGAAGGCCAGGGGCACGUAUGCAGGCGUCUAUGAUGCAUAUGAGCUUCUGAGGCAUAACACCAUUCUUGCGCACGGGGUGCAUCUAGAAGAGGCUGAGAUGGAACUAAUCAAGGCGAGGAAAGCGGGCGUUAGCCAUUGCCCCACGAGUAACUUCAACCUCAGCAGCGGAUGUGCUAAGAUAGGCGAGCUGCUGGACAAAGAGAUAAAGGUUGGACUGGGGACAGAUGUGUCGGGCGGAUUCGCGCCUUCCAUUCUGCGCGCUGUGCAGGACGCCAGCAUCUGCUCCAAAGUGGUUGCCAUGUCUGCACCAGACAAGCCGACCCGCGGUUUUGCGAAUCGUCAGCUCCCCAUUGCGACGCUUCUAUACCUCGCGACGCUUGGCGGCGCGCAUGUCUGUGGGCUGGAACGGGCCAUAGGGAAGCUAUCGCCUGAGUACGCGUUCGACGCGCUAGUGGUCAGUGUCCGUACUGAUGCCGGCAACCCUGCGGUGUGGGGCGCGGACCUCGACGCGAAGGUGCAUGUGGGCGCGAGCGGUGGUGAGUUUGGGCGCGAGGGUGGGAGGGGUAAGACGGAGACGGAGGAACUCGAGGGUAUGCUGGAAAGAUUCCUGUUCUGUGGCGAUGACAGGAAUAUCCGGAGGGUGUACGUGCAGGGGAGAUUGGUCGGUGGGAAGGAGUAUAAGAUGUGAUCAGAGCGCAGGGUUGCAGCAUGGCCAAUAGAAUACAUUGCUCCGGAUGAGUAAGUCCAGUGAAGAGGUCGUGUCAGUCCGACAUGGCUGGCUAUAGCUCGUCCACAACGCAUACUUGGGUGGCUCAUGAAUGUUUACGAUAGCGCCGCCGUGUUCGCUGUAUCCGCUCACUCGUUACAUCUAUCCGGUGCUCAAUCCAAACAGUGAUAUUUGAGAUGCGUAUAGGGAAUGAACCAGUACAGGACAGAACACAGUAUUUGUACAACGACAAGAAUACAUCCGUACAUACAUUACAUGCUUUGCGAUUGAGAGCACAUUAGUGACAUCACAGUGUCGAUGCUGCACAUCCAAGGUCCUUGUAGUUACCAAACUCCCACUUGUAACAGUCCUACCAGGAGAACGACGUCAACGAUCGAACGAUAUUUGCCUGAGCAGAGGCCAC